CUACGUUCGUGAAAUCGUGCUAAUCAUCGAGAUUCGAGAUCAUAGUUGAAAAUUCGUGAUGUACUUAUAUUCGAAAACAUAUGGUAUUAGUGAACUGAGUGUUAUAUUCAGCGGUUUAUCGUAAUCAGGCUGUUGGCUGCACAUUGGAGAGCGCAGGUGGAUGAAACAAUUUUGAGAAAGUGAAGGGUGCAGGAGCGUGCGGUGUCUGGAGAUGAGCUCGCCACCGCCCGUGCAGGAGGUGGACGUUGGAGACGAGUCUAUGGAAGACGACUCCGCUGACAUGAUACCCGCUGACAGAUUCACGCUGCCCGCGAAGGCGGACGCCGUGGUGGAGCUGUGGCGCGCCAAGAUGGCCGAGGGCGUGCUGUCGCCGGCGCACUUCCAGGACCACUGGCGGGUGACCGUGCCUAGGAUAUACUCGCCGCAGCCUAACAGGAGCUGUUUGGACUGGUCGUUCGACGAAGAGUUGGCAGCGAAACUGCUCAUCCAACCUUUGGAGCAACUGAUAUGGGGCUCCAGCGAGGGCUCGGCGCCUCCGCCCCCGCGGCGCUCCACGCUGUGCGGGCGGGUGUUCAAGCAAGGGGAACCGGCUUACAGUUGCCGCGAGUGUGGCAUGGACAACACAUGCGUACUCUGCGUGGAAUGCUUCAAAGUGUCCGCGCACAGGCAUCACAAGUACAAGAUCGGGCAGUCUGGCGGCGGCGGGUGCUGCGACUGCGGCGACACUGAAGCAUGGAAACGUGAUCCCUUCUGCGAGCUGCACGCGGGCCCCGAUGACGAGGAACAAGCACAAACUAGCAUCAGUCCCGAAGUUAUAGAGCGGAUGAAGACCGUCGCGUCCGUCUGUCUGUCCUACUGCUUCAGGCUGCUCACGCUUGACCACGCGCCCGGCUUGCCCAACGAGUUAAGGUUAAAAGAUGCUGAAAGAGAACGGGAUCCGCUGCAGAUCUUAGACCAGCCGGACUGCUACUGCACAGUACUUUAUAACGACGAAACGCACACGUUUGAACAGGUGAUAACGACCCUGACGCGCGUGAUGAAGGUGAACCACCGCGACGCCGUCGAGCUGGUGUCGCUCAUUGACCGCGAGGGCCGCGCGCUCGUCAAGUGCAGCUCCUUCCAGGUCUGCGACAAGCUCAAGAACGACAUCGAGAUCUGCACGGCGAUGUUCGAAAGGUUCACGUCCCGCACCGGCCCCGCGCUGAAGGUCCUCGUUAUGCACGCGCACGUGCUGGCGCACCAGACGUUCGCCAUGAAGCUUUUACAAUGGCUCCAAAACUUCGUAGCGCAAGAGCCUUCACUCCGCCUGGCGGUGUCCCUAGUCGCCCUCGGCGAGGACGCCGGGCCCAUCGGCGCCACCUCCCUCAGCGGCGGCGGCGGCGUCGCCGUCGGCGUUAUGCAGAACGACUGUCGGAUGUGGAAGGCCGCUAGGACCGCGUGGCAUAGGCUGCUCAUCGCUACGACGCUCAUGGAUUAUACUACUAAGAAGACUAUGGCUAUACUGUUCACUAAGAACUAUGGCUCGAUCCUCAAGGAUUUCAUCCGCGACGACCACGACCACUCGUUCUCGGUGUCGUCUCUCUCCGUACAACUGUACACUCCGCCCACAUUAGCGCAGCAUCUGAUCGCCAAGCAUGACGCGUUGUUCGUAGUCAUGAACACGUUCGUGAGCGAGUGCAACAGACGGAUCAAUAGCAAGGGUCGCCUGGAGUUCGACCGCAACCACGUCUCCAUGGCGUUCAAACGCGCCCAGUUCGUGCUUUACGACGUGAAAUACCUGCUGGGCUCUUUGCCGACCAGCUUCGAUGACGACCUGAGGAAGGGCUUCCUACACGGACUGUCUCUGAUGCUGAACCUACUGGUGAUGAUGCAGGGCAUGGACUCGGUGGUCAGACAGGUGGGUCAGCACAUGGAGUACGAGCCCGAAUGGGAGUCCGCCUUCAACCUGCACGUGAAACUAGCGCACAGCAUCACUCUAUCCCUGGAAUGGUGCGCGCUGGAACGCUCGCUGUGCGCCUCUGCGUACCGCAUGGCGUUGCGCCGCCACGCUGACACUAUUACCUACCAGCCGAGACAAGUUAAAGAACUCGGUAACCAAUCGGCCUCAGUGAUCCCCUACGACGUGUCUACCGAGCCCGUUUCCAUCCACCGGCCUCUGUCCCGGUUCCUGGCCGGUCUACAUCUGUCGCUACACAAGCACGGCUUGAACUACCACAGUCCCGAGUUCGACCGCCAGGAUCGACCGAAGCCUCCGCCUGAGGAACUUAUUGAGCCCGUGCUGCGAACGAUGGCCAUGAUCGCACAGGUCCACGCCGGCAUGUGGCGGCGGAACGGGUUCGCGUUGCUCAACCAGCUGUACUUCUACCACAACGUCAAGUGCCGCGCCGAGAUGUUGGACAGAGACGUCGUCAUGCUGCAGAUCGGAGCAUCUCUCAUCGAGAGCAACGAGUUUAUAAUCCACGUACUAAACAAAUUCAACCUCCUCGACUGGGCCGCGUCAGACUUCGAGCAACGCGGGGUCGAAGACGACGCCCUGCGGCACACCAUUAGCAUGCUUGAGGAGUUCCUAGGACUACUCAUUACUGUGGUGGGAUCGCGAUAUGUGCCCGGUGUUGGAGAGGUCACCAAUGAAGACAGAACGAAGAAAGAGAUUAUACAGAUGCUAUGUGUCAAACCCAUGCCGCACUCUGAACUUAACAGAUCGCUACCCGAAGACCAGCUACACGAAACAGGCCUAGAAGCGGUCAUCCAUGAGGUGGCCGACUUCAUAAAGCCCACGGGAGGCAACAACCGAGGCGUCUACAAGCUGAAACCACAUCUCUAUGACGAAUACGACACGUUCUUCUAUCAUUACACUAGGGAAGAGCUGUCUAGGAGUGAAGAGGAGCAGAGGAGUAGGAGGAAGGCUGCAGGUCUCCCUGAAUGCUGCCCACCGCCGCCUUUACCCAAGUUAACGCCGCCCUUCCGUCUCCUCGCGAGCCUACUCCAGUGCGACGCCGUCAUGUACGUCCUGAGGACAGUAUUAGAGCGAGCGCUGGACCUCAGGGCGAGGUCGUUUUCGGAGACACAAGUCCACAAGGCUCUACACCUGAUGGGCUACGCGCUCCGCGACGAGGAGAGCGGGCACUACGAGUUCCUGGCGUUCGCGGAGAGCGCGCAGCGCAGCGGGCUGCUGGUGCUGCUGCAGCGGCUGCUCGCCAGCCCGCGCGUCGACGCGCACCGCCCGCUCGCCAAGUGGCUGCUGCACAAGUGCAAGACGCUGCUUGGGCAAGCAGACGAGCAUGUCGGCGACGGGGAACAGAUGGAGACCGACCAGGAGGAGAAACCGCCUAACGAUGACGCUGCCGAGGCGGAGAAGGCGCGGCGCGCUAAGUUAGCGGCGGAGCGAAGGGCUAAAGUAAUGGCUCAGAUGAAGGCGCAAAUGAACAAUUUUAUUUCCAACAACGCUGUUCUGUUCGAAGAAACCACAACUGAGGUGACGGCGGAGGAGCAGGAGAUCCGGCCGCUGUACUGCGGCGCCGCGCUCGGCGUGUGGGGCGGCGGCGUCACCGAGGCGCCACGCGUCUGCAUCAUGUGCCAGGAGGAGGCUCGCGUGGAGCUGACAGCAGAGCCGCUCGUGCUAGUCUCAUUCGCGUGCGGUUCAGCCGUGCUGCCCUCGGCGGCCGCGGCGCCGCGCGCGCACGUGUCGGUGUGCGGGCACGCGCUGCACGCCGCCUGCGCCAAGCACUACGUGCGCGGCGUGCUCGAGAGGGAGACGAGAAGGCCAUACCGCCUCCGGCAACCGGCAGCAUUCGACGCAGAAAAGAAGGAAUACCUCUGUCCUCUCUGCGAGCGACUAUGCAACACUUCCCUGCCCCUGUUACCCGCGCCGACAUUGCCGGCCGGCGCGCCGCCGCCGCUCUCUGAAGAAGUAUUCAGGGACUCUAUCGCUCUGAUACUGAAACACCAAGUUUUUUCUGAGGCUGUGCAUGUAUGCACCGAGUCUUGUGAGGAGAUGCUGUGUCAGGCGCGAGCGCGUAGCGUGGGAGCGCAGUCAUCAGACAUGGAAGACGGAGAGUCCACCGACGAAGCGCCGGUCUACAUGUUGACCCAAUCCCAGGAUCUGCUGCCUCAGGAGUUCAUGGUACACUUCGAGGGCGAGAUCCCCGCGUACACGGACGAUAUGAAGAGGCUCAUCACGGAGUUUGUGAACAUAUUGCCAGCAGUAUGCGGCGAUUUGGAGGACUCGAAUCCGCUGUCAUCCGUAGAAGCUUUAUACAAGGCCACAUCAUACACAAUCCUUAGUACAAACGCGGUACUUCAAGCCGAGAAACGGCCGCUCCUAGGCGACCUACCCUCCAGGCAUCGCGACGCGCUCCAAGCGUUAAUACGCCUCGCCGCCGUCAUCCCGUCCGUCUGGCCCUCGCCCAAACAGCUAGCUCACCAUGCCCUAGAAAAUCUAAGCACACUCGAACGCACCUCACCACUAACUCACCACCCCUUCGAAACUUUAGUAGCUCUAGUUUUAACAGCCCCCUCGCUGUUCAGCAAAACUGCCGGCCCGGCGCGACCCAACCACCUAGCCCGACAAUUCACUAUAGAAGUAUUCAGAGCGCUCAUCACACGAGCCAUGAUCGUACUAGACGUCUCUGACUGCGUUAACCACGAACCAAUGGAAGGACAAGAAGACUACAAACCUAUUAAACCUGAUUUAGAAAACUUGCUCACGUUCAUGAAGACCCUAAGACGAGGGAACUUAGAUAUUGAAGAUUUAAAUGCUCAUGACGUAUGGGAGAAGAUUAAAAAUCAAUGCUACACGUUCUUAAGGGCUUCUUGUCUAUUCUAUCACUUCUUAAGCGAUAUCAGCCCGCCUACGGAGUUAACCGUCGUCGGUGGUGAUAUUUGGGAGGUUAUGUGCGGCUAUCUAGACUUGCCGAGUACGUUUAGAGAGUUAAUAGACACUCCGAUGUCUAGGAGUAAGUCUGAAGAGUGGUCAGCGCUGUCUGUCGAGUGGUUCGCUGGGGAGAUCGACAUAAAGACGGUAGUUGAAACGAAUGAGCCUCCGAAGUUAGUGCCGUUGCCCGAUGACUUCUCGGAGUUAAUGAAUGUGGUUUCUGAGUUUUCGUGUCCGAAUUCGGAGAGGGAUGAUAGCAAGUACCCGACUAUGUGUUUGGUGUGCGGGCAGAUACUGUGCUCGCAGAGUUAUUGCUGUCAGACUGAGAUUAAAAAGAGCGGUCGAAGCGGCGGGUCGGAGCUAGUAGGCGCGGUGGUGGCGCACGCGAUGUCGUGCGGCGCGGGCGCGGGCGUGUUCCUGCGCGUGCGCGACUGCGAGCUGCUGCUGCUGGCCGCGCCCGCGCGCGGCGCCAUGCUGCCCGCGCCCUACCUCGACAACUACGGCGAGACCGACCAGGGCCUCCGCCGCGGCAACCCCCUCCACCUGUGCCCGACGCGCUACGAAACGCUCCGAAUGCUGUGGCUGAGCCACGGCCUGCACGAGCGCAUCGCUCGAGCACUCGACACGAACAUGCUCGUCACCACGCAGUGGCAGAACAUGUGAGCGCGGAACCGGCGCGUGCGCAGACAGGGACGGCUGAUCGCACUCUAGUGCUCGGAUACAAGACUCCAGUAUGACUGGCUACUCUAUCUAUUACAAAUUUUUGGUAUACUUAACCUUUUGGACGCCAAUGACCGAUACAUCCGCACCGCAGGUCCAACGCCAAAGACGGAUUAAUCAGUCACAGAUUAAAGAGGAACAUAGACCUACGUGCAUAUGCAUAAAGUUCAAUUUCAGUUUUGACACUUCGGUGACGUGGCGACCGAGUGACACCUUUUGUGUUUGACACGACGUCGAAAAGGUUAAAACGAUUCGCUGAUACUUCUAUCAAAGGCUCUACGAAAUCUACAUGGGCGUAUAGCUUGAAACAGGGCACCUACUGGUCACACUAACGAAACAGAGUGAAAAUAAUGUCUUCAAAAGACUUGCUUGAUUAGCUACUUCAUUACUGACCGGACUAUUUCAACAUUUUGGUGUACGUAAAGGCGAUCUACUGAUUUAUAUAAGGCUAUAUAAGACGAAGACCACGCACUAGCAUAAUUUUAAUCCUGAGCCGUUACCAGCUAGUGUGAUGCGAUCUACUGGGGUAUCAGCUAGUUAAACUAAAAAUGUUUACUAGAGCCCAUACAUAAGAACUAUUGCAAUAGCACAAAUUGAUGGUUGUAGAUUUACUUUUACACGUUACAUAUAAGGUAAUCUCGAAUAUUUCAAAUUAGAGACAGAUUGAUGGACCACUUAAUAUGACAGAGCCUGAUAACCAUAUUGUAGUCUGUCUGUACCAAUGACGAGUAACAGCUUUACAAAUACGAAUAUCUGAAAAUCAUCGAAUGGUACAAAAAGGCCAGUAUCGGUAUCGUCUAGUGAUCAUACAAAAUGGAAAGAAGAAAGAAGCUAUUCCAAAUCUAAGGUGUCGCUUAUGUACUAUAGUACGUUGUUUUUAGCAUUAGAAAUAAGGUAAACAAUCUUGAUGUGUCUUUUAAUUGAAAAACACAUUUUAAAAAUAAGUUACGGCAAAUAUGUAACAAUUAUGAAUGUAUGUAUUACGAUCAUUUAUAUUCUUCUGCUUUCAUAAUUAAUAGUUACUGAUUUUUAAAAAGCAUUUUUCAAUUAAAAGACAUGUCAAGAUCGCUCAUCUUCUUUCAAGUUCUUUCUAAUGCUAAAAAAACGAACUAUAGAUAAUUUACUACCAUCUUGCCAUUUCUUACAAUUCCACUGUUACAAGUUUAAUAUAUUUUUUGCAGAACAGCAAUUCAAAGCAAAUAUCAUGGCAUUUGGCAGAUCUAUAAACAUCAAGCUGCUAAUGUAUAAAAAAAGUAGGUAGAUAUUUCGAAAAAGAUUUACGUAGCCGAGAGAAUUAGAUUAUAUUCACUUGAAUACAUAGAUAUUGACAUCUUGUUCACCAUAAUGCAAGAAAUUAUAGUAGUUAGUAUUUCAAAUGCCAAGUUCUGGUUCUACAACUUUUUUUUAUCUAGAUCUUGGCUUUGAGAUGAAUUCGCUAACUGGCAACUUUUACGAAAUCGUAUAUUCAGUUAGAAUCCAUCGCUUAUACGAGUUUGUCAAAGUUGUGAGUCAAUACGUUGAAAAGUCAUUGAUAUUAUUAAUAAAAUCUAACUUAUAGAAAAUGUUAGGUAACUAAUGGAAGAUACAUUGAUUUUUGCGAAAGGUUUCUUAUUUUGAACUUAAAAGACUAUGAACAUAGGUCAUUCAUUAUGUACAGUCACCUGCAAUAAUAUGUUACUCUUCGAAGGCCGCAAAAAUAUGUGAUACGCUCUUAUGGCUCUACAAAUAAGAUCGUGUCAGAUAUUUUUGCGGCCUUCGAAGAGUAACAUAUUAUUGCAGGUGACUGUACGUAAGAGCCCUUUCGGAAAAAUCGAAUUAUGAGCUCUUAUGACGGAUGAUACAACUUAUCACAGACAUUUUAGGCUAUACAAAAGAUUAACUAUGUCUGUGAUAUAUUUUACCAUAUUUGUAGGCUUUAUACCUUAACUCCAAAAUAGGGUGUGAUUGUAUUAGUAAAAAUGAGAUGACACGGUUAGGCAUUGAUGAUGGCUCCCGGACUAUAUAGGCCAGGAGCCAGCGAUAAGGCUGUGGUAAAACUCAAAUAUAAAUCGAUUUCUCAUUUAGAAGCGUUAUCGUGCAAUGAGGUUAUUUUUGAAUAUAACUGUGUUUGUGCAAUGUUUUAAGUAACUUUUUUUCUUUAAUGAGUGUUGUUUUUCUAAUAUUAUGUUAGUUUAUAGUAUAGAUUUUUGUCGUAUGUAAUAAAUAACAUAGCUGUCCGCUAUAAAACUUUAAAUCAAAGUGUUAUUUGGUGUUGUUUCACCUUAACAGUAUCGGCAGUAAGUCGGCUGCUCAUUAUCUUUUACAUAUAUUAUAUUGUAACAUAGGUGCUUAUAUUACUGGACUCGGUAACACAUCACUUAACAUAUUAUAAUUUUAUAAAGUGCGCGUUGAUUGUUUGUUAGCUAUUUAUUACAUAGCAGAGUCCGUUAAAGAUUUUUUUUUUAAUGUAAUACUCUUAGUGGCCGUUCAUUAAUUACGUAAAUACAAUUUUUGUCUAUCGACACUCUUACGUAAUUAAUGAAUGACCUCUUUCAACUCAGACGGAAGAUUGUGAAUUGGAUAGGUUACAAGAUAAUGUUUAAAUUAAAAAUAUAUUGCCUCUAUGAA